AUGGUCAACUACGGCGUUGGGCAACAGUUCGACUUCAAUGCGGACGUGUUCUUCUACGUUGUCUUGCCGCCGAUCAUCUUUCACCAGGGUUACGCCCUCAAGAAGCGAAAUUUCUUCAAGUACUUCCACUACAUCUUCAGCUUCGGUUUCCUCGGGACUGUUAUCCAGUUCAUCACCAUCACCGUGCUGGCCCUCUACGCUAGCAACUCCCAAUACAUGAGCAUCUUGAGGGACGACGGCGUUCCUAUCGGGCUCUCGCUUCACGAGUGCAUGCUCAUGGCGGCCGUCUUCAGCGCGGCGGACGAGGUCGCCACUCUCUCGCUCAUCAAGCAGCCCCUCCUAUGUCGGGAUGCGUGGGAGCGGCAAAAGCGCAACAUGGCGGAGUUCCCGAAGCUUAGCGCCGUGCUCUUCGGGGAGGGAGUUCUUAACGACGCGAUGAGCAUUCUUCUCUUCCAGACGGUUCAAUCCGGAGAAGAGAGCAGCGGCGACAGCAGCACCACCGCUACCGCCACCGCCACCGCUGCUAGCAGCAGCCAGAGCGGCCUCGGCCUGCUGGGCCUCUUGGCCCAGGCCCUGUACAUCCUCGUCUCCGCCGCGGGGGUGGGCAUGGGGUCCGGCCUGAUGAUCUCCAAGCUCCUGAAGAGCCUAGACACGCUCAAGAGCAGCCCGGUGCGGCAGGUGGCCAUCCUCAUGCUGGGGGGGUACCUCUCCUUCAGUCUGAGCGAGGCUCUUGACCUGUCGGGAAUCUUGGCCGUCUUCUUCUGCGGUCUUACGCUUAGCCACUAUGCGUGGCACAGCCUGGGGGAGAACGCACAGGUUGGGACGAUUGAAUCAUGA